AUGGCACUACCGCCAUCAUAUCAUGAAGGUGUUUCAUGUGAUGGAUGUCUAAGCGGGAAUUUUUCCGGAAACAGAUACAAAUGUCUUCGAUGUUACGAUUUUGACUUAUGCCAGUCCUGUUACCUAAAUAAUCGGUUCCGACCAGAAGGUACAGACACAUCCCUGUCACACUCUGAGGAUCAUCCCGUGCAGAUGAUUAUGACUCAACGAGAUUUCGAUGCAGUCUAUGAAGGUGACAGUUCGAAAAACUAUGACGCUUGCCGAAUAGCGUCGUUCACCUGCCCCUAUUGUGGAUCAAAUGGCUUCAGCCUUCGCAGCUUUGCCAGCCAUAUCUUGAGCGUGCACGCUGAACCGCCGGUGCCACGCGUCAAUGUGGUUGGUCCAUUCAUUCGUUGCACUUUAUGGCUCUUAUGA